AAGGUGGGAGUCUCCAACGCUUGUCUUCAAAUCCAGCCUACCUCCCUUCUUGGAAAAUAUGCGCGAACAAAACGUAGCGUAUUGGAAUUAAUGCAAGGAGAUGAAGCGCUGAGUGGCGUGCUGGCCGGCUGCUCACUCUCCUGCGGCCGCGUGUCAGGCAGGACCUUUGGAGCAUUUCAGCUGAGGAAGACCUUGGGAAACGCGGUCCGGUCAGGCUGCGCGCUCGGGGAGCCGUUCGGGCAGGCUCCGGGUGUUCACCUGCGCCCGUAGCGGUCAUGUAGAAGAGCAGAUUUAAUGUGAAGAUGGGACUGUUGGUGUUUAUGCGUAACCUGCUGCUAGCCCUCUGCCUCUUUCUGGUACUGGGAUUUCUGUACUAUUCUGCUUGGAAGUUGCACCUUCUCAGAUGGGAGGAUUCAAAUUCAGUGGUUCUUUCCUUUGACUCCGUUGGACAUACAAUAGGCUCAGGAAGGAGAGAGAGAAAAACUGUGGCUAUUGUGCUUCCGCUGUCCAUCCCAUCUCACCUUGCUGCAGACCCAGGAAAAGACAGAGCCCAGAAAGAACCCAAAGAAACAAUGGCAGCUCCAGGCCCAGCCAUUCCUAAAUAUGACAAACUGGGCUUUCUCCUGAACCUGGACUCAAAAUUGCCUCCAGAAUUGGCAUCAAAGUACGCAAAUAUCUCUGAGGGAGUGUGCAAACCUGGUUAUGCAUCGGCGCUCAUGACUGUCAUCUUCCCAAAGUUCUCGAAGCCGGCACCAAUGUUCUUGGAUGAUUCCUUCAGGAAAUGGGCACGUAUCAGGGACUUUGUACCCCCCUUUGGAAUUAAAGGACAAGAUAAUCUGAUCAAAGCCAUCCUGUCAGCAACCAAAGAUUACCGUCUAACUCCAGCUCUUGACAGUCUCAGCUGCCGGCGAUGUAUUAUUGUGGGAAAUGGUGGAGUACUUGCAAAUAAGUCAUUGGGGUUAAAAAUUGAUGACUAUGAUGUUGUUGUCAGGCUGAACUCCGCUCCAGUGAAGGGCUUUGAAAAAGAUGUGGGUGGCAAGACAACUCUCCGGAUCACAUAUCCUGAAGGUGCAAUCCAGAAAAUGGAGCAGUAUGAAAAGGAUUCCCUGUUUGUUCUGGCGGGAUUCAAAUGGCAGGAUUUCAAGUGGCUGAAAUACAUUGUUUACAAGGAGAAAGUGAGUGCCUCUGAUGGCUUUUGGAAGUCAGUGGCAACCCGUGUCCCAAGAGAACCUCAUGAGAUACGUAUCCUGAAUCCCUACUUCAUCCAGGAGGCAGCUUUCAGCUUCAUCGGACUGCCUUUCAACAAUGGCCUGAUGGGCAGAGGGAACAUCCCCACCUUGGGAAGCGUAGCAAUAACCAUGGCGCUCCACAACUGUGAUGAGGUGGCGGUAGCUGGGUUUGGCUAUGACAUGAGUUCACCCAAUGCACCGCUGCACUACUAUGAGAACAUCAAGAUGUCUGCCAUCAAAGAGUCCUGGACACACAACAUCCAGCGGGAGAAGGAGUUCCUGCGGAAGCUGGUCAAAGCCCGAGUCAUCACUGACCUAACCAGUGGGAUCUGAGUGGCUGCAGCCACUGCCUCCAAGGGAGGAGACGAAGACACACGCUGCAGCUCUGGGAGCAGGCACUGGCAGCCCCCUGCAAGAAUCCCACCUCACCGAAGACACACAGAGAUGCCCAGGUGCUCUGGGAAGACCCUCUUGCAUUGCCAGUCUGCACGAGGGUUGUAUCUGCUGCCUCCAGGCCUCGAGCUGGAAGGAGGUGGCCAAGGGGCAGUUCUUGAACUCUGCAUCGCAGGCGGAUCUUCUGUGUCCUGAAUUACACAGGAAAGACUCAGGAGAGAGAAGAAAGGUUUGUGAAUAAAACAAUUUGUGCCAAAUGGGAGGUGACGCUGCCCCAAGGCAGCAAUGCCUGAAUGUACAAAGUAUUAUUUUUUAAAAGAAACUCUGCUGGAAUCAUACUAGAAAUACCAAGGUGCAAGGCAAAGUCUGCUUGUGCACAGCCCUGCGAAAAGCCCGGCCUCUCCAUGCUCCCACCUGCGUUGUCAUCGGCCUCAGACCUUUCCCCAGGAAAACAAAUCCGUCCAAAACUUCAGUGUCGUUGGUGCUGCUAUAAUUUGAAGGGAGAAUAAUGGCUUUCCCUCCUUCUCCUCUUGGAGCUUCUGGUUGGAGAUGAGCAUGGGUUUGUUUUUCUGCACUUUUCCUUGCUUCCCGUGUAGAGGCAGCAGCAGCAGCCAUUUACUUGGCUGCAUUUUCCUUAGCCGUUUGCCCCGCUCUGCCUCUGCCCUGACCCCGAGGUGGAGCGGGGAGCUGAUGGCUUUCUCUGCCUGCAGCAGACCCUCCCCACCUUCCUGCCGGUCACGGCGCUGAGGAGCCUCGUUGUGCUCAAGGCUUUCAGGCCGCUUGGUUUGUGCCUGCUGUGCAGGGCCCCCGUGGAGUCCGUGCAGAUUGGUGUCACCAUUUCUGGACAGCAUCUCACUUUAUUUUUGUGUGGGAGAGGAGUAAUUUAUUCUUUGGAAGGAGGUCAGAUCUUGCGCAGAGAUCUGAAGCUUUACAGUUUGAGGGCAGGCUGCCGAAGAUGUUUGUUUUAUGUUCCAGACUCGAUCAUUUAAGCGAUAUGUGACCUCAGUGAUGAUAGAGCCUGCUGGCACGGGCGGGGGCCUGCUGGGAACCCUCGCCCUCUGCUCGGCUCCUGCUCACUUCAUUUCCAGGCUCCUCCCGUGCUGCUCUAGCACUGCUGCUCCUCUUGCUCUCAGGAGCACCUCCCUUCCUUUGCUGUCUUGGUCCCAAGAUGCAGUAUUUGCACAUUUCAUUUGUAUACGUAUUUCAGAGGAGCUGGAAUAAACUGAGCAACGUGGCCGAGCGCAAGGACAGUGGUCUCAUCCACCUGGAGACCAUGGGCCCAAGGGAGUUUGCCAGGGGAACGGUUACAGGUGGAAAUCGGCUCCGACACUCUGCUAGCCUGGAGCAGGAUGGUCUGCGCCCACAGAGGGAGGAUCCCAGAGGGAUGCUGUCUGCGCUCAUCUGAGACACCCCCACCCAGGGGAGACGUGCAGGAGGGGCAGGCAAUGACCCGGGAGGCGUGGGGCAGAGGAGCAAACUGUAUGGAACAGUUUGAGACCAGGCUGCAGGCAGAGGCAGCUCUUGGGAGAUGGUGCUGGGUGCUGUCCGCAGACCGGCGUGGGACGUGCCCCUCAGGAGCGUCUCCUGCUUGGUGCACCCAUAGCCAAGGAGCUCGCCUAGGGGCAAGUCCUGUCUAGCUUCUGGUUAUGGCUGCUACUUGCCUCGUAGUCUGGGAGCUGCUCAAAGAUCCCGCCUCUUCCAGGCCGCAGAAGACAGGUGCUGGGAGGCUCUCCCUUCCCUUUCCCCUUCCCAUGUCCCUUCCUCUGUCCCUCUGGCCUCCCAGCUAGGUGGUCCCUGCUUCCCCUCAGUACAUGCCUACCCUGGCAGUGCCUCCCACCAGGAUGCUCUGUAAGGUUUCUGUCUGGUUUUUGGCCAUGUGCUGUGGCAGAUACGCAUUUGAAUAUUCUACCCCAAUUUGCUUUUCCUGCUCAAGGAGUCUGAAGGACUGGAUUUCCUUGGCUCUUUCCAGGCAACACUCUCUUUGCGGUUCCUAUGUGUCAGCCUGGACCUGGGACCAUCGUCCGUACACCCCUUGCCACGGCGGCAUUGGGGGUGCCUGGGCUGGACCUGGCCGAGUUGUGGCUGGGGAAGGGUGGGCACCCGCCCUCUGCCAUGGUGCUUGAACUGGGUCUUGAACCAGCUGCUGUGGGAGCUCUGGGGUGGUGAUGAAGUGAUGGGUGGCAUCAAUAUGGUACAGCGAGCUGAGAUGCCAGAAAGCGGGUGACUGCAGCCAGGAGGAGGAGGAGGUGGGCGAAGAGCCUUCGGUGUCUGUGCUGGGCUCCUCUCCACCCUCCAGGGGAGGCACUCCCAUGGAGACUUGUGAUGCCAUUAAUUUGAUUUAGUCCGUUUUAUUGAGCACUACAAAGCUAUGGGGCACCUUUAUCUUCCAGCUCACUGGCUCCAGGUCCAUGUAGCGGGCGUGGCCCCUGCUCUGCUUUCCCUGGCAGGGACAGGUCCUGAUGGGAAGCUGUCCCUGCACACCAGCAACGUGACUCCAAGCCCUUCCCUCCACUUUGUUGGGGUCUCCAGGCAGAAGUGCCCAGGCUGAGGAGAUGAGCGCAUGGCCCAGGGUGACUCUGGUGGGUCAGAACCUGCAAGUAGAAGAAAAGAGAGGAUGGGGGGUUGUUUGGGGGCCAAAGGCCCAUUUGACAUUGGUGGGGCAAGCACACCCACGGAGCAGCCCUACGGCUGGGCGCUGGGGGUGUGCGCCCUGGGAGCAGUGCGCAGCACUGGGUUUCGCUCCUGGAUGCUGUUCCUUUGGCUGCCUCCCUGCCUGCACCUGCAGCCACCUCCCGCCCUCCGAAAGGCUGCAGUCCUGCCAGCUCGGAGCGGUGCGCGCGGGUCAGAGCAGGGUCAGUGGGACGGAUGUGAGUCUUGGCCUCUCCCUCACAGUGACUCACCUUUUCAGCUCAGAAGGGAGAGCCCAGGGGAAUUCUCCACAGCCUAAAUAUAGAGCGGGGUUGCCUGGUGCCUCUGACGCGCUGCGGUGCAGAAAGGCCAUUUGGGUGGCAGGGAACCUGCCUAGAGAGAGGCCAGGGAAGUGCAAGGAGGUCGAGGAGCCCAUUCCCGCAGCAGGGAUUUGCUCUGGCUGGUGCAGAGAGCAGGUCUGGGGAGCUGCGGGGCAGCCAGCAUGUGCUGCUGCGGGGGAGAUGGGCUGCCGGAGAGCUGCUGCUGCACUGACCACACCGUGAGCACGGGCUGCUCAUGCAUUCGUGCCAUACAGCCCUCCCCAGUGCCCACCACCCCGGUGUCAAGCUCCCUCCACCAGCUCACCCCGUUAGGGCUGGCCAUGCUGCGGCCUCAAGCUCACAGGUGCCAAGCGGAGGCAGCACAGCCAGGGAGCUCGAGGCAGCAGCAGGAUCCUCUGCGGCCCAGCAUCCCUCAGCCCAGCAUCUCUGCGUUUCCAGCGUUUCCUUUUCCUGGGAGGGAGCAGUGGGGGGGCCCUACCCCUCUGUGUGGGCACUGCUGGGGGAGGGGGAAGGUGUCAGGACAGGGCUGUCUGUCUGUCUGUAUCAGACAGGGAUGGGCAGGCUGGGGACGGGCAGCACCAGGGAUGGGCAAGGGCUUCCAGAUGGCCGUCAUGGUGAGCUCCAGCGGCACCAGCACGGCAUGUGCCAUCGGUACAAGGUGCAUCACAUGCAGUGUUAGAGACGUGUCCUUCGGUGCAGGCGACCUGGGCCACUACCCAGCCCCUCUGGGCACCGGCUCCUCGCACAGGGACUCUCUCCAAAGGCCAGUGCGCUCACUGGUACUGUACCAAGCUGAGAUGCAAGAACUCCGUGAGUUUUUAAAAUUAGUUUUAGGUUCUGCGAUAUUUUUUUUUUUUAAUUUCCCCUCUGGGCAGGGAGGGCAAGAGUCUUGCAGGCUCCUCCAAGCCGGCUUAUGUCACAUCGAUUCAGUCAUAUCACAGAAGCAAUAAAGCUAUCAAACAAGC